AUGGCCCCGGGUAAGUUGAUGGUGGUGUUGGCGGUUGUAGUGUUUGUGGCCGUCGCAUUGGCGGGAGGUUCGGAGGCGAUAACGCUGUGCAAGAUGAGCGAUGAUCAGCUGAUGGCUUGCAAGCCAGCAGUGACGAACCCGAACCCAGCAGAGCCGACGACAGAGUGCUGCACGGGGCUCUCGGCGGCGGACCUGAGCUGCCUCUGCUCGUACAAGAACUCGGCCGUGUUGCCGGCUCUGGGGAUCGAUCCUAAUCUCGCCAUGGGGUUGCCUGCUAAGUGUGGUCUUACUCCUCCCGCCAACUGCUAA